UCUGACAGGUAACAGGAUACGAAUGCGGUAGUGGAAUGUAAUAAUCCAACUCAUUCCGUUGUAAAGUCCUCUAUUUCCACCAAGAUAAAUAUAAUUAAUCAGAGGCGAUAACAACGCAUGUUUGACGUGUCGAUUCAUAGUUAAUGAAAAACAGUUAAGUUAACAAUGUAGCAAUAACACCGUGACGAGUUCAUGUGUGAAUUUUGAAACCGUGCAAGUUGGUUCGAGAGGUUUCCUUACUCAUGUCAAUUUUAAGAAUAACAUGCGAAUUAAACGCACAACCUUAAUAUUAGGUUUAUUAUUUAUAAUAUGGUCUUCGAUAUUAUAUUUAAGUUAUUAUCAUUAUCCCGCCCAUAAUAAUAAUGAUAUACCAAAUAAGUUAAAUAAACAGAUUGUGAUUUUGGAACAAGGCAUAUCAGAAGAAUUCGCGAAGAAUAAUGUUAUGAUAAGAGAUGCUCAAAAGAUAUUAGAAAUCAAGAAGGAGAGGGAACAAAGCCAAAAUAAAUUGUUGCCAAAAGAAUUGCAAAAUGUGAAGAUUCCAGUACUAGUUUUUGCUUGUAAUAGAAUUACAGUAACUAGAUGCUUAGAUAGUCUUAUUCAAUAUAGACCUGAUCCAGACCAAUUUCCAAUUAUAGUCAGCCAGGAUUGCGAUCACGAAGAAACGAAAACUGCCAUACAAAAAUAUGGCAACCAAGUUUCCCUGAUUCAGCAGCCAGAUCAAUCAGAUAUCCAAGUUCCUCCGAAGGAAAAGAAAUUCAAAGGGUAUUUUAAAAUAGCAAGACAUUAUGGUUGGGCUUUGAAUCAAAUGUUUUUCAAUUUUAAUUUCAGUACUGUCAUUAUCGUUGAAGAUGAUUUAGAUGUUGCUCCAGAUUUUUUUGAAUAUUUUCUUGGAAUGUAUCCUAUUUUAUUAAAAGAUAGUUCUUUGUGGUGUAUUUCGGCUUGGAACGAUAAUGGCAAAGAAGGUCUAGUUGAUAUAAAAAGACCAGAUUUAGUCUAUCGGACUGAUUUUUUCCCCGGACUUGGCUGGAUGCUAACCAAAAACGUUUGGCUCGAUCUCUAUAAAAAAUGGCCACGGGCUUAUUGGGACGAUUGGAUACGAGAUCCUUUACAAAGAAAAGGAAGAUCUUGUAUAAGGCCAGAACUUUCGAGAACGAGAACUUUCGGCAAAACUGGAGUUUCCAACGGAAUGUUCUUCGAAAAACAUUUGAAAUUCAUCAAAUUGAAUGAAGAGUUUGUGCCUUUUACCAAAUUGAAUCUUACUUAUUUAAUAAAAGAUAAUUACGAUAAUGAUUUCGUCAAAAAAGUUUACCAAAGUCCGGUAGUGAAAUACGAAGAUCUCAGGAUGGAUAAAGUCGAAUACGACGUUCCAGUUAGAGUUAUUUAUAAAACUAAAGACGAAUAUAAAACGAUUACGAAAAAAUUGGGACUUAUGGACGAUUUUAAAAGUGGCGUUCCUCGAACAGCUUACAAAGGUAUUGUAACGUUCCAUUACAAAGGAAGAAUGGUCCAUUUAGCUCCGACAGCAAAUUGGAAAGGUUAUGACGUUACAUGGAGUUAGUUUUUGGAUUUUUAGACAUUUUUUUUAUGUUAUUAAGUUGAAACAUAUAUAUAUAUAUAUAUAUAUAUAUAUAUAUAUAUAUAUAUAUAUAUUUAUUUAUUUCUCACUUGUGAUAUUUUACUUAUGAAAGGAAACUCCUUUUCGGAAGUUGUUGAACAUAUUUUGUACAUAAAAUGCUGCCCCUUCUUGUAAAUAAGACAAAUUAAAAUUAUGGUUGUGAUU